AUGAAGCUGGUUGAACUAUCCAUCGAUUUGUUUGUCGGAAAUCUGUCUGUCUGUCAAGCGUUCAAUAUCUCUAUCUGCGUAGCUCUCCUUCAUUUCACUCUUAUUUUAAUCUCUUCUUUUCUUCUUCUAUGCUUCUAUUCUCCUUGUUUUUCCUAUUCUUCAUCUUCUUUCUUCUCUUCUUCUUUUUUCUUCGUCUUCUUUCUCUUCUUCUUCUUCUUCUUUUUUUCUUCUUCUUUUUCUCUUCUUCCUUCUUCUUCUUCUUCUUGCUCUUCUUCUUCUUGCUCUUCUUUUUUCUUCUUCUUCUUCUUCUUGCUCUUCUUCUUUUUUUUCUUCUUCUUCUUUCUCUUCUUUUUUCUUCUUCUUCUUCUCCUUGUUGUUGUUCUUCUUCUUCCUCUUCUUUCUCUUCUUCUUUAUUCUUCUUCUUCUUCUUCUCCUUCUCCUUCUUCUUCUUCCUCUUCUUUAUCUUCUUCUUCUCCUUCUUCUUCUUCUUCUUCCUCUUCUUCUUUUUUCUUUUUCUUCUUGUUCUUCUUCUUGUUGUUCUUCUUCUCCUUCUUCUUCUUCUUGUUCUUGUUCUUCUUUCUCUUCUUCUUUUUUCUUCUUCUUCCUCUUCUUCUUCUUCUUCAUCAUCAUCUUCUUCUUUCUUUCUCUUCUUUUUCUUCUUCUUCUUGUUCUUCUUUCUCUUCUUCUUGUUCUUCUUUCUCUUCUUCUUUUCUUCUUCUUCUUCUUCGCCUACUUCCCUUAAUCAUCUAUCUAUCUAUCUAUCUAUCUAUCUAUCUAUCUAUCUAUCUAUCUAUGUUACUCCCUCUCUGUGUAAUUCUAUCUAUUUUAGUCCCUUCACUAAUUAUCUUUUUAUCUAUCUAUCUAUCUAAGUCCCUCGAUGAUCUAUCUAUCUAUCUAUGUUACUCCCUCUCUGUUCCCUCGAUGAUCUAUCUAUCUAUCUAUCUAUCUAUCUAUCUAUCUAUCUAUCUAUCUAUCUAUGUUACUCCCUCUCUGUGUUAUUCUAUCUAUUUUAGCCCCGUCACUAAUUAUCUUUUUAUAUAUCUAAGUCCCUCGAUGAUCUAUCUAUCUAUCUAUCUAUCUAUCUAUCUUAGUCCCUCUCUCUGUCAUUCUAUCUUACUCUCAUUUGAAAACUUCGUAACAAACUUCUUUUCCUAUGUAACACACUCUCCAAAACGCUACAUAUAUUGCUUCAUUUGUUCACUGAUGAAUUUCUUCUUUCUGCUUAAAUGUAUUUUUUCUUUCUCUUUUUGCUUCUUUUUGUUUUACUUUCAUCUUUCUUUCUUCUUUUUUUUUUCUUCAUUUGAUUUUUCUACUUCCCUUCCGUAUUCUAUGAAUUUUCUUUGUUCUUGA